AUGGGGGCACACACCAUGUCGUUGAUUUCCAAAAUAGACCCAAUUAAGUACAUCUUUGAGAAACUUGCUCUAACCGGAAGAGUUACCCGUUGGAAGAUGGCCUUGACUGAAUACGACAUUCAACACGCCACCCAAAAAGCCAUUAAGGGAAAUGUAUUGUCUGAUUACUUGGCCCACCAGCCAAUAGAGGACUAUCAACCAAUGAAAUUUGAUUUCCCUAACGAGGACAUUGUGUUCAUAAGGGAUUGUAAUAUUCCAGGCCCCGAACCAGGAUCGCGAUGGAUGCUCGUGUUCGAUGGUGCUUCCAAUGCACGAGGCCAUGGAGUAGGUACCAUCAUCACCUCACAGACAGGAUUUCAUCUCCCAUCCACCACAAGAUUAUGCUUCGACUGCACCAACGACAUGGCAGAGUAUGAAGCAUGUAUCUUCGGUAUCGAAGCGAAAAUCGACAUGAGAAUCAAAAUACUUGAGGUUUAUAUGGACUCAUCUCUCGUCAUCAGUCAAGUGCGGGGGGAUUGGGAAACCUGCGAUCAGAAGUUGGUUCCAUACAAAGAACAUGUCUUGAAAUUGAUCCCUUACUUCGAUGAAAUAUCUUUUCAUCACAUCCCAAGGGAAGAAAAUCAACUAGCAGACACCCUUGCUACCUUGGCAUCCAUGUUCAAGAUCACUUGGAAGAAUGAGGCUCCUGCCAUCAGCAUUGGUCUCCUGGACGAGCCGGCAUACUAUCUGGCUACCGAGGAAGAGUCAGAUGGCAAACCUUGGUACCAUAAAAUCAAGACGUACCUCGAAAAACAGGUGUACCCAGACAAUGCAUCAAUCAUAGACAAGAACGCUUUGAGGAAGCUCUCCACUAAGUUCUUCUUGAAUGGAGAUGUAUUGUAUAAACGAAGUUAUGACUCAGUGUUGCUCAGAUGCACGGACAGACACGAAGUGGAGCAAACUAUAACUGAUGUGCAUGAAGGUUCGUUUGGGACGCAUUCCAAUGGGUAUUCAAUGGAUAAGAAGAUCCUCAGGGCAGGAUACUACUGGUUGACUAUGGAAACAGAUCUAUGCUGA